AUGGUUCAGGGACACAAUGACAUUCAAACAAUACCACCCUUUAAUGACGACCAAUACAAGGCCCGUACACCGUCUCCAUCGUUCCAGGUACCGGGAACCCAGUCUGAUCCCGUCGACUUAGCGGACCCGCCUCGGGAACGGUCGAGUAGCGUACUCCGCAGUGUAUUACAGCUCGACGCAAAUAUUACACAAAGACCGACGGGGAAAUACGCACACACCACCCUGUGGCCUGCUGCGGGAGUGCUGCACCGCACGGCGAAAGAAGAGAAGCUCUCCCCAUCCUCGUCUCCCAACGUCUCCCGUUCUGAGGCCCAAGCUCCAUAUACAAAUCUGGAGCUUGGGAAUAGCAAAUAA